AUGUCCCAGGCGUCACAUGACCUACCCGCAGCUCAGAGGCGCCAUGCGCAUGUCUCAGUUACCGGCCAGAGGCUAACCACCUGCGGCCCAGAGGCGCGGGAUAAACACGACGCAACGCUCAACCUCCCAGCAGCUACAACGUGGCGCCAGAAGAGGCCGCCUUACGUUUCAGUCUAA